AUGCCGUAUAAUUUACCUUUGUGGAUGUGUAUGAAGGAUCCAAAUAUGAUAUUGUCCUUGCUUAUCCCUAGUCGCACAUCACCUGGAAACGACAUUGAUGUGUAUUUGUGGCCUCUAGUUGAUGAUUUGCAUGAAUUAUGGAAUGAAAGUGUAACCACUUAUGAUUCUUCGACUAAAGAGACAUUUCAGUUGCAUGCAGCAUUACUAUGGACCAUAAACGAUUUUCCCACGUAUGGGAGCUUGUCUGAGUAUUCUACAAAGGGAAGGCUAGCAUGUCCGAUAUGUAACAAGGAUACAAUGUCUUAUAGGUUGAAGUAUGGGUCUAAAGAGUGUUACAUGUAUCAUCGUAGGUGGCUUCCUCGAGACCAUGUAUGGCGCCAAGAAAAAGAAUUGUUCGAUGGUACAGAGGAGCAUAGAUUCGAACCUGAAGAAAUGUCUACAGAUCAACUGUUGCAACAACUAAUACAUGUUGAAAAUGUGCAGCUUGGGAAACAUAGUGGGAACAAGAGAAAGCGUCGCACAAAUGAUGUUGAUAUAAAUGAAUUGAAUUGGAGGAAGAAAACUGUUCAUUUACCUCGAGAGACUGAGCUUGGGGGACCAGUACAAAACCGUUGGAUGUAUCCAAUGGAAAUGACGCUUGGUAAACAUAAGAGGAGUGUGCCAAACAAACCGCGACCGGAGGGUUCAAUUGCUGAGGCUUAUUUAGUUGAUGAGUGUUUGACGUUUUGCUCCAUGUAUCUUCGUGGGAUUGAAACAAGAUGGAAUCGUAAAGAGCGAAAUGUUGAUGGCUGUCUGGAAGAAAUGAAACAAGGCCUUGAUGUAUUCUCUCAACGAGUUCGACCGUUGGGUGCAGCAAAAUAUGUAACACUUGAUGAGAACAUUUUUGCAAGGGCUCGAUGUGAACACUAUCAGAUGAUCGAAAGGGAAGGCGGCCAUGACAUUGAGAAGAAGCAUGAGGCAACAUUUGAGCGUUGGUUUCGAGAUAAUAUGUAUAAUGGUGGGCAAACUCGUACUACCCAGAACAGUGGAAUCGUUGUUAAAGGUGGGUAUAACACGUUAGAUGAUGAGUACUAUGGUGAGUUGAAGAACAUUUUUGAAUUAUGUUACCUGGGCCGAAAUUGGGUGUAUCUAUUUAAGUUCAAUUGGUGGGACACUGGGAGUAAUACGCGGGGAAUAAGAAAGGAACAAGGUUUUACAAUUAUGAAUACUUCUCGUAAAUGGUAUGAGUCCGACCUGUUCAUAUUAGCAUGCCAAGCUGCGCAAGUGUUUUACUUAAAUGAUCCUAAAUUUGGUGGUAGUUGGAAAGUGGCGCAAGUGUUGACCAAUAGAAACACAUACUAUAAUCCAACAGUGGUAGGGGAAGAUAGUGAGAAGGAUGACCAAAGAACCAACAAUGAGGUAUACCAAGAAAGUGAAUGUGUUGGGGUUAAUAUUGCCAAUGUUGAAAACUCUACUAUGUUACGUAGAGAUAAUUUGACAAUACCUAUUGAUGAAUUAUAUGUGCAACUUGAUGCAUGCAUGUUCAUUAACGAUAACCCUUCGAUUGAGGAUCAUAAUACUAACUCCGAUAAUGAAUAA